CAAAAAAAAGAAGAAAAAGCGAAAUUGUAUCAAAAGCCGCACAUUCGCAUUCAGUCAACGAGCAGCUCUUUGACGCCGCAGACCUCAACGAAAUUGGUAAGACGGCGACAACAAAUUGGUAAGAUCACGAUGACGAUGCCGCCCUGGAAGCUGUGGACGCUUCUGGCUCUCACACUGGCUCUGACUGUGGGCCUGGCCAACGCUUUGCCCUCGCCCAUGCUCUACAAGCGCAAUCCAGACGAGAAAUACGAGGCCGAUCUGGUUGCAGUGUCCUCGACCGUUAUUCCGCUGACGGUGCUCGAGGUGAGCUACGGAUUGGGCGGCAAGCCCAGCGAUGCCUACAAAGCUAACUAUUUGCGCAAGUUGCGCAAGCAGCUGCUAGAGCGAGACAGCAACAUUAACAGCAGCGACAACGGCGACAACAGCAGCAGCAGCAGCAGCAGCAGCGAUGCAGAUGUGCUGAUCACAGUUAAGUCCAAGCAGCAGCUGCAGACGGCCAAGGUGAAGGCCGUUUAGUCGGUGCAACUGUGGCAACUGUGGCAGCCACCAAACUGCAACGCAAAGAAACGCUAUUUUUCAAAGUGGGCGUGGGCGUCGAUGAGAUCAGUCCAACAACAACAACAACAACAGCCAAUUGUCUAGUUAAUAAAAACUCGACUCGAAUAAAUAAUAAAUCUAGCAAUUUGAGUGGUUUUUGCCUUAUUGGGCAACAUGACCAAAAAUUAACGCUAGAUGACGUCACAGCUUAA